AUGUAAUGUAAAUCAAAUCACUAUUUUGAUCCUGAUGAGAUAAGGCGUUCAAAUUUAAGUAAAUCUGCCAAUGGUAUUUAUGUAGAGAUUGUCCUAAUGAAUGCACUACAUGUGAGAAAAAUGAAUUUGAUGAACUGGUUUGCAAAUCUUGUCAAAAAUAUUACAAUUUGUUAAAUGGAUAGUGUCAAACGUGUGGUCAAUAUUGUGAAAUUUGUGAGGUUUAUUCUUAUGAUAAUCAUGGAUAAAAGUAUCUAAGAUGUUCUAAAUGCAUAGAUGAAUUGAAAUAUUUCUUCUCUUGAUGGAAAAAAUUGGGUAAUUAAUGAAUUUUAUAACUGUCUUCAUGCGUUUUAGGCUUAAUCGGAUGACUUGACAAUAAACACUCUAGAUAUUAAUUAUAAACCAUAAUUUGACAAAAGUUAGUUCAGAACAUUAUCUGCUAGAUGCAUUGAUUUAUACAUUUUUGUGUUUGAAACUAAAGAAUGUAAGGAUACGACAAAUUCAGAUUGUUUAUUUGGGAUUGGAUAACUUAACCAAAAGAUUAAUCUUUAGAAUCAAUAUUGUGAUUAAGUGCUUUAUAGUAUAGAAUUCUUUGAAUUUAAAACUAAACUUUGAUGAAAUAGUGCAAUUUACUGAAAAAUGCUCUAAUUAUAAUUAAAAUUGUCAGAUUUGUUUGUAAACUGAUCUUAACGGCUAUUAUUCUUGUUUAGAUUGUCUCAAUGGAUAUUAUCCUUCCAUAAUAUCUGGUAAAUGUUCAAAUUGCCCACCAGAUCUUAAAUGUAAGUCUUGUUAUUCAUAACGCUCGGUAUUAAAAGAUGGAUGGAAAAUAUAAGUAAGAGCUUUUUAUCGAAAAUAUAUCGAAAUUAAUAUUUUUCAUUAAUUUACAACCUAUGGCUAAAGUUAAAAUCCAGAUGAAUACGAAAUUAUAUGUUCUUCUUGUAUUUAUGGUUAAAGAUUGCAUAAUAACAAGUGCAUUGAAUAUUGUUCAGAAACUUGUAUAAAAUGUGUACUUUAGAAUGAUAAAUAUCUCUGCAGUAAAUGUUAAUCGGAUUAAAGAGGAAGAAAAUUAACUAUAAUAAAUAACUAAUGCAUAGAGUGUCCUGAAAAUUGUGCUUUUUUAGAGCUCAAACAAAAGAAGAGAUUUAAAUGAUAAAUCCUGUAUUUAGUAAUCUGAAAUAUUUAAAAUACAUUUAUCAAUGCUUAAAAAGUUAUGGAGAUCUAACUUAUUAUUAUGAUGAUGAUUUUGGAUUGUUUAUAGUAUGUAAACAGAUGGAUCAAGAUUACGGCUGUUAAAAUUAAUUAAUUAUUUCCUUAAAUUUUUAUUCAUUAUAUGAGGACUACUUUAAUGACUAUUAUUAAUUAUAGGAUGAUGAAUCCAAGAUUAAAUUCAGAAAAGAAAAUAUUGUUCUUUCAACUGUUGUAUCAUCUACAACAAGCUUUGCUGAAGUAAUCGCAUAUUAUAUUUUAGUAUGAAAAUGACUAGUUUUACACCUUGGCAAAUUCCAAAUUUUUCAAAUCUAUUAUCAUUAAAAUAUCGAGCAAAAGACAAAUCCGCGGUUUUAUGUAUGGGGGUGGUAACAUAAACAAAUAUUCUAAGAGAACAUAUUUACCCUAAAGUAUUAUAUAAUAUAAAUUAGAAAUGUUGAAAUUGAAUUUAUAUUCCAAGAAGAAGCAGGUAUAUUUCCUUAAUUAGACGUGCAUUUCAUUAAUUUUUCAAAAAUCACUUUAUAAUGUAUUUUGUUAUAAGUUACUUCUCCUUCAAAAUUUAUAUUUAACAGUUUUAUUCCAUAAUCAAUAAUUCUACAAGAUAUUAGAUUUCAACUUGACGAUUUUAUUAAUAAUCAUAGUAUUGAUUUUCAAUUUUCUUUUAACAAUGUAAGCUCAUUGAUUGUGAAUACUGCCAAAUUCAUUAUCGAAAAAAACAUCUAAUUUUAUUAAAGUUGAAGAUACCCCUUAUCCUAAAACCUUAAUUUUUUAAAAUAUAUCACUACUUUAAUGCACUAUUUAUAAAUUAUUUUUAAAUUUAGGAUUAGGCGAUAACGAUAAUGUUUAAAUAAAUACUGUAAAAGUUUAUACUAAACUUUUCCAAUUCAACCCUUAUUUUGGUUUCACAAAAAAAUACAGGUGGUUAAUUGAAAUUAUCUAAUGUUGAAUUGUAAGGUAAAAUAUUUCACUCAAUUUACUUUUUUAAUUUCGAAUAAGUUUUUCAGUUGGAAAUUAUCAAUUUUUCUUUGCUUGAUCCACUACUAGAUAAUACAACCUUUAUUAUAUUAAAUCGAAAUAGUUUUUUGGAGAAUAUAAAAUUUACAGCGAACCAAUUCCUCCAACAAUCAUAGUGA